AUGUCAUCCUCUGAGCCUGGGCGCUCAUCGCAGAAAGGUUCAGACAAUGAUGGUUCUAUGGGGAUUAUGGAUGCGGCUUCCUUUGUGAAUAAGGUGAAGCAUCGGUUCGCUGAGCGCCCGGAGCUUUUUAGCGAGUUUCUUCUGAUCUUGCAGGCGUACCAGCGGGAGUCGCUGCCUUUGCGGAAGGUGUAUGAGCAGGUCGAGGACCUCUUUGGCGGGGAGCCAGAUCUGAUGAAGGAUUUUAAAAAGUUCCUGCCCGAGGCUACAGCUUACGGGCGAUAA